GGCUGGAUGACAGAUCCCCUCGCUUAUGGAUGGGGUGAUUGAGGGUUCCCAAGGUUGACCCCGGGGACCACAGCAGCAGCCGCGUGUCUAGGAGGCCAUCCGUUCGGGGCAAACACACAUCAGGUAUACAUAGCGCGCGGAUGUGCCCUCUACCGACGACCCGGCCCCGGCUGCGAGUGUUCGCCGACGAGCGAGUAAACUUUGACGUGGAGAUUCUAUUGCUGCUGCGCCUCGUGCAUCGACGUUGAUACCUGUAUACGCUGUCGCGUCGCGUGGGCAACCCUGCCCCCAUUCCCCUUUAUUACUCUCGUCAUCAUUGUCGCUGGUCUCGACACUUCCGCGCUCGACUACACCAAGUAUGAGUUGUGUUCGGUGAUGCCGCUGUGAUGCUGACCUCGGCGCUCGUUCUCGUGGCGGCGCCGAUGCUGGGCGUCGUCGUCGCCGCCGGCGGGAACUCUGCUUGGACGGAACAUGAAGCACUGUCACAUCUGGUGGCACCGCGAGACUCUUCCCUAGUCAACGUCACGAGGGGUGUUCCGGCAUGUGCGCUUGACUGCCUAUCCUCGCCGUGCGACCUCGCCGACGAGGCGUGUCUUUGCGACAGCAUCUCGAGCAAACAGGUCAUGGACUGUUCCUUGGCCGCCUGCACCUUUGCCGAAGCAAUAUCUGCCCGGAGAGUCGUCGAAGUCGCCUGCGGCGCGUCCACAACGCGCACCCGCGUCGGCACGUUCAACUACAUCAACGUCGGGCUCGGCAUGGCCACGGGCGGCAUAGCCCUCGCGCGCCUCGUCUUCAAGCGCUUCGUCAGCUCCGCCCGCUGCUUCACCCCGGACGACUGGGUCAUCCUCGCGACGCUGCCCGUCGGCCUGGCCAGCGUGCUGCUCCUCUCGCUGGGGCUCACGGCCAACGGCCUGGGGCGGGACAUAUGGACGCUGAGCCCCGAGGGCAUGGUGGCCUUUGGCCUGUUCUUCUACCUGGCUGAGAUCAUGUACAUUGCGCUCAUGGCCAUGGUGAAGCUGGCGCUGUCGCUCUUCUACCUGGCCAUCUUCCCCGGCGCCGGCGUGCGCCGCAUGCUGUGGGCGACGGCCGCGUUCCAGGUCGUCUUCGGGCUGGCGUUUGUGAUCAAGGACGCGGUGCAGUGCACCAAGCCCGACUUUUACUGGAAGAGGUUCGACCUCGAUUCGGAUCCAAGGGGCACCUGCAUCAACGUGCAUGCGUCGGGCUGGGUGAAUGCCGUUCUCGGCGUUGCCAUUGACAUUUGGCUGCUGGCGAUACCCAUCUUUCAGCUGCGCAAGCUGCAACUGGAGAGGAGGAAAAAGGUCGUGGCGGGAAUCAUGUUUCUCACAGGCGCGUUGUAAGUCCAUGCACAGGAUAUCAUCAGCCAGUCCUUGACCCGAAACUCCCGUGCCCCUGAACAGGAACGGGGAAGCAAGCACAAGCAAGUAUGGACUAGACUAACCCAUUCUCAUCCGCAGGGUGACGCUCAUAUCGAUCCUCCGACUCAACUCCCUCAAGACGUUUGCCAACACGACGAACCCGACGUGGGACCAGUGGCUGCUGGUCCUGUGGUCCACCAUCGAGAUCAACACGGGCAUCAUCUGCACCAGCCUGCCCGCCGUGCGCCUCAUGCUGCUGCGGCUGUUCCCACGGAUGCUCGGGACCAUCACGUCGUCCAUGUCCAAGUCGCGGACGCAUCACGAGUCGGCGUCUGGAGAGACGGCGGCGGCGGCGGCGGGCAACAACGACGACACCGGCCACGAGAUGAUGAACCCCCCAGGAUCCUCGGCCGGGGCCAGCGACCACACGCACGUCUCGACGCUGACGCUGCUUCCACCGCUCAACGUGACAAAGGUCGACUCUCGCAGUCCGUUGUUUCAGGACGUCAAGUCCACAGAUGUCAAGUCGUCUACCGGGGCCGAAGUACGGAGGGUACGGUAGCAUUUGCGAAGCGGGCGGGUUGGGCAGCCCCUGGGGGUUGCAUUCGGCCUCGAUGGAGGCUAGUGUGGCAGAGGGGCACGCCGACGAUCUGGAAUAGACACACAACGCAUGCAUGGCAGGUCGCCUGGACGGGAAAGGUCGAGCACGGGGAAGAUGUGCGGCGCCAUGGUACAUGUACGGUGAUGAUAUAGGUCCGUGCUUGACCUGGGGGGAGGAUACGUCGGGAGGG